AUGAACGGCAAUCAUUGUACACCUCCACAGGCAGUGGACGUUGAACCUGGCAUCCUCCUCCGCCCUCAAAAGGACAGCUUUCAGAAGCCACCUACAGGGAGACUCAAAGAGAUUCUCUUCAUCACUUCCCUCUGUUCAACUCAAUUCUUCGUUCAAGGAGCAUUCGGCUACAUCCUCAUCCCUCUAACCCUCGUCGGACAAACAUUCAACCAAGACUCAACCACAAGUGCAGAGCGACAAAUGACAUGGCACGUUGGCGCAUAUAGUCUCACAGUCGGUACAUUCAUCCUCAUUGCAGGCAAACUAGGCGAUGUCUACGGCUCAAAAACAGUCUUAAUAAUAGGGUGGACGUGGUUUGGUAUAUGGUCUAUAAUUGGUGGUUGUAGCGCCCUCACUUCUUCCUCUAUUUUCUUCGAUAUUGUACGUGGUUUUCAGGGAAUUGGACCUGCACUUUUGUUGCCGAAUGCACUGGCUAUAGCGGGUCGAACCUACCCGCCAGAGAGCAAGACGAAGAAACUGAUAUUUUCAAUCUUUGCACUUGCAGCGCCCCUGGGUACUUCGACGGCGGGCGCUAUUGGAUCUGUAUUUGCACAAUACGUAUGGUGGCCGUGGGUAAUGUGGAUGUAUUCAGUUGGUUGUUUCGUCAAUGCUUUAGUCGCGGUCUGGGUGAUUCCGCAGGACCUACCACCAAAUCAAGACAAAGAGACCGAUACGGAAAGACGAAUCGACUGGAUCGGGGCCAUACUAGGCGUAUCCGGUCUACUGCUUCUCAACGUAUCGUGGAAUCAAGCCCCUAUCGACGGAUGGCGAACACCAUACGUCUAUACGCUGCUCAUUCUCGGCUUCAUCUGUCUCUUCGCAUUUGCAUUGCACGAACGAAAAGUCAAAAUCGAACCUAUACUGAACAUUACCAUAUUCAACCGACACGUCACAGCAGUUCUACUCACAACGGGCCUUGGCUGGAGUAGUUUCGGCGUAUGGUUCUACUACACAUUCCGAAUCAUUCAACGAUUUCGACAUGUUUCAGCCUUGGACUCUGCAGCACAAUUUGCGCCUGGGGCAAUAUCAGGGAUUGUGGCAGCUAUCGCAACGCCGAGGUUGAUGAAUGUUGUGCCUCAUGGUUGGUUAAUGACGAUUGCGUGUGGUGCAUUUCUCGUUGGUUGUAUACUCCAAGCGUUCGCGCCGGUGGAUCAAUCGUACUGGUUUAAUACUUUUUGGUCCUUUGUGGUCAUGGCAUGGGGUAUGGACAUUUCAUUCCCAGCGUCGGCGACUAUUCUCAGCGAUACAGUUCCUGCCAGAGAUCAGGGAGUUUCGGCAUCGCUCGUGAAUACUGUAAUCAACUAUUCUAUUGCGAUCGGUCUUGGAAUCGCCGGUACUGUCGAAGCUCAGGUGAAUUAUGACGGAAACCAGGUACUAGAAGGAUAUAGGGCUGCUCUGUAUACAUCCGUUGGUCUGGCCAGCGUGGGAUGCGGAAUUGCGGUUGCGUAUGCGGUUUUUCUGGAGACUCAUGCAACUAGUGACGAAAACUAA